AUGUUGGAAGACAUGUGUGAACAUGACAUGAGCACCACAAUAGAAGCAACUCUGUACAAAGAACCCAAAGGAAUUGGACUAGCAAUAAUUGAGAAUGGACCAUUUCUUCAGAUUCUGAAGCUAAUCGACUAUAGCCCUGCAGCCAGAAAUGGAAAACUAAUUCCAGGGGAUGUUAUCACGAAAAUUGGGUAUGCAAACGUCUUGGGUUAUAAACUUCGUGAGUUUCAACAGCUGAUCAAUGCACUUCCUAUUGGUACAAAAUUGCGGAUUAUUGCCUACAGAAAUUACAUUGACUUACCCAAGGCCUGGACCACUGAACCAGCUAUAUCCAAUAUACUAAAUACAAUGAGUUUAGAUGACUUUGCUGCAUCUUUGCCUGCUGAAGACAAGUAUUAUAUGAAUGAAAUUGUUUCUAAUAAAAUUAGGAGCACCUUAGAGAUUGUGCUCACUGGUUAUAUACUGUACUCCUCAGGUCCCAUUUCACUACUUGAUGUACCAUGUAAUAAAGCCAUUCGGGAUCUAGGAAACAAACGGCAUGGGGCAAAACACAAUGAUCUUAAGUGCUUCGAUGUCACAUCAUUACCAAGCUUGGCAGCGACAUAUAACUAUGAAGCUUGUAGCAGCAGUAAAGAAGAAAGUGAGGAUUCAGACUCUGAUGAAAGCCUUCUUUCAUGUAAAAUGGAAUCACUACAGUUGCUAAUGAAGAAUCACGUCUUCACAUCAGUUCCGCUAGUGUCAAAAACAUGGCACACCCAAAAGACAUCAUUGAAGGUUCUUUCUGUUGGCUCAGACACUGGAUAUGAUAUUAUAAUUCACAGACCUUUUAUAGAUGAAGACUUCUCUUCAGAUGAUAACCUAAAUUCCACAUCCUCUUCCUCUCCAUCAUCUUCAUGUGAUUUGGAUCAUUUUUGGCUUCAAGGUUCUGCCAUUUCUACAGAUACUCAGUCUGAUGAUUAA